AUGCCACUUUUCAACCGUCGCCCCGUCGUUCAACAAGCAGGCUACCAAGCCCGCCCCUCUCCCAUGACCCGUCUUAAGCUCAUGUUUGCCCCCCGUCAUACCCACACCGCCGGCGGUGGAGCUGCCGCCCCACGUCGUCGUAAAGGACUGUUCUCUUCCCGUCGCCGUCAUCAUGGUGCUGGCGUUGCGGUGCCAGUUGGAGGAGGCGGUGGGGGUGCUCAUCCCCGUCGUAGGUCGACUUUGGCGUCGUUGACGGCUUUGUUCUCAAGGAGGCGUGGUGCCCCUCGUCAUCAUCACGCGGGUGGUGUGGGCGCUGGUGGACGUACUCACGUUGUUGUGUAA